CGGGUGCUAUGAUCUCCAACUUUUUGUGUUAAAUUUACUUUGUCACGUUAUUCCCGGUCUUGGUUGCGGUACUUUUAUAAUUCAAGAUGUCGAAUGUCACCUUUUACAUUUCCAACCUGUUGGAAAAAAUGACAUCUACUGAUAAAGACUUUCGGUUUAUGGCCGCCAAUGACCUGAUGAUGGAGCUUCAGAAAGACUCGAUUAAACUGGACGAGGAGAGCGAGAGGAAGAUCGUGGCCAUGCUGCUCAAACUCCUGGAGGAUAAAAACGGGGAGGUUCAGAAUCAGGCUGUCAAAUGUCUUGGUCCUCUGGUGGGAAAGGUAAAGGAAUGUCAGGUGGAGACGAUGGUGGACACGCUUUGUUCCAACAUGGUGUCCAAUAAAGAGCAGCUGAGAGACAUUUCCAGCAUGGGCCUGAAAACCGUCAUCGCUGAACUGCCACCAGCACCUACAGGUUCGAGUCUUACGGUCAACGUCUGUAAGAAGAUCACAUCUCAGCUGAUCGGCGCUCUGGGAAUGCAGGACGAUGUGUCUAUUCAACUGGAGGCUUUGGAUAUUCUCUCUGACAUGCUAGGCAGGCUGAGCGCUGCUCUCACGAGCUUCCAUCAGUCGAUUCUCAGCAGCCUCCUCGCCCAGUUCAUAAGCCCUCGUAUGGCUGUAAGAAAACGCUCCAUCAUCGCCCUGGGUCACCUGGUGCCCAGCUGUAGCCCCGCCCUCUUUACCCAGCUCACAGAACAUCUGAUGAGCGAGCUGUCCCGCGGACCGCCCACCGCCAACGUGCGGACCUACAUCCAGUGCCUGGCUACGGUCAGCAGACGAGGAGGACACAGGAUUGGUGAACACCUGGAGAGGAUUGUGCCCAUGGUGGUGAAGUUUUGUAAUGUAGAGGAUGAUGAGCUACGUGAGUUCUGCUUUCAGGCCUUUGAAGCUUUUGUUAGCAGAUGUCCAAAGGAAAUGUCCUCUCACAUCCAAACGAUUAUCAAGUUGUGUCUGAAGUACAUCACCUACGACCCCAAUUACAACUACGAUGCUGACGAUGACCAAGACGAUGGCAUGGACGUUGAGAACAGGGACGAUGAAGAUCAGGAGUCAGAUGAUGAAUAUAGCGAUGAUGACGACAUGAGCUGGAAGGUGCGGCGUUCCUCUGUUAAAUGUCUGGAGGCCAUCAUCAGCAGCCGCAGGGACCUUCUGGUGGAGCUCUACGGGUCUGUAGGUCCAACCCUGGUGUCCCGCUUCAAAGAACGAGAGGAGAAUGUUAAGACUGAUAUUUUCUUAGCUUUCGUGGCAUUGCUGAGGCAGACGAGAGACCCUCACAGUCCUCCUCUGGACACAGCGGCUAAAGUGGAACCAGCUGUCACUCUGUUGAAGAAACAGGUGCCGACAAUAGUAAAGGCGUUACACAGACAGCUGAAGGAGAAAAGCAUGAGAUGUAGACAAGGCUGUUUUAGUCUCCUGACAGAGAUGGCCAAUGUGCUGCCGGGUCAACUAGGAGAGCACGUACCAGCCCUCAUUCCAGGUAUUGUUUACUCCUUGACCGACAAGUCAACCUCUUCAAAUAUGAAGAUCGAUGCUCUUUCUUUCCUCUAUGUCCUUCUAAGUAGCCACAACCCAGAGGUCUUCCACCCACACAUCAAGGUCAUCUUACCUCCUGUAAUCCAGUGCAUCGAAGAUCCCUUUUAUAAAAUCACAUCUGAAGCCCUCCAAGUCACCCAACAGAUAGUGAAGAUCAUCCGACCGCUGGAUAAACCCAGCUCAUUCGACAUCAAGCCUUACGUGAAGAAUGUGUUCUCUUGUACGCUAAAGAGGUUGAAGGCGGCUGAUAUAGACCAAGAGGUCAAAGAGAGGGCCAUUUUCUGCAUGGGUCACAUUUUGAGUCAUCUAGGUGACCAGCUUGGAGCCGACCUGCAGCCCACCUUGCAGAUAUUUCUGGAGAGGCUUAAAAACGAAAUCACAAGACUUAUUGCGAUAAAGACGUUGACCCUCAUUGCGUCAUCACCACUUAAAAUCGACCUAAAACCAAUUUUAACAUAUGGCAUCCCAAUACUCGGAUCCUUUUUGCGGAAGAACCAGCGUGCCCUUAAGUUAAACACGAUAACAGCCUUGAACGUCAUUGUUGCCAACUACAGCGAUAGCUUCAAGCCCCCGAUGAUUGAAUCUAUUUUGAUGGAGGUGCCUGGAUUGAUUCAGGAGAGCGAUAUGCAUGUCUCGCAGGUGGCCAUCACGCUUAUCACCUGCAUGGCCUAAGUUUGUCCAAAUUGCUUGAGCAAGAUCGGGGGCACCAUCUUGCCCGAAGUGCUCAACUUAGUCCAUUCCCCAUUGCUACAAGGAGGUGCCCUAAAUUCAAUGCUCGACUUCUUCCAGGUCCUCGUGGCAACCAAGGCCAACAAUAUGAGCUACAAUGACCUCCUAAAGGCCUUAAAGGGGCCGUUUUACGAAGCAAAGUCGUUCGACACAUUCGCGCAUAAACAGCCCUACUACUCGGUGGCCAAGUGCAUAGCGGCGUUGUCGGCUGCCUGUCCCAAAGAAGCCUCCGGAGUGGUCACAAACUUCAUCCAAGAGGUCAAGAACCCCAAAUCAUCGGAGUCGGUGAGGAUUCUAGCGCUGCUGAGUCUUGGGGAAAUUGGACGCUUUAUGAACUUCGAAGGACAGAAGGAGCUUAAGGGGGUCAUAAUGGAGGCUUUCGGAUCCCCGAAUGAGGAAGUUAAGUCUGCUGCAUCCUUCACGCUGGGAAACAUCUGCGUCGGAAAUUUAGGAGAGUACCUGCCGUUCAUGCUGAAGGAGAUUGGAAGCAAACCGAAGAGACAGUAUUUACUUCUGCACUCGCUGAAGGAGAUGAUCAGCGCUUUAUCCGCAGAGAGUCUCAAACCUCAUGUGGAGAACAUCUGGGCGCUUUUGUUCAAACACUGUGAAUGUGCAGAGGAGGGCACGCGCAAUAUCGUCGCCGAAUGUUUGGGGAAACUCACUCUGGUUAAUCCGUCUGAGCUUCUGCCUAGGCUAAAGAAACAACUCACUUCAGGUUCUCCACUUUCCCGCAGUACAGUUGUAACUGCAGUGAAGUUCACCAUAGUCGAUCACCCCAUGCCCAUAGACUCACUUUUAAAAGGAUGCAUUGGUGACUUCUUGAAAACUCUUCAGGACCCUGAUCUCAAUGUUCAGCGGGUGGCUUUGGUCAUGUUCAAUUCGGCAGCCCACAACAAACCCUCUCUGAUCCGUGGGCUUCUAAACUCACUUCUCCCACAUCUGUACAAUAAGACCCAGAUCAGGAAAGACCUGGUUCGGGAGGUUGAGAUGGGUCCCUUUAAGCACACAGUAGAUGAUGGGUUGGACGUCCGAAAGGCGGCGUUUGAAUGCAUGUACACGCUACUGGACAGCUGUCUGGACUGUCUGGAUAUCUUUGAGUUUCUGAAUCAUGUGGAAGAAGGUCUGAAAGAUCACUAUGACAUUAAAAUGCUGACCUUCAUUAUGCUUGCCAGACUCUCUAAACUCUGUCCAGGUGCUGUGGUACAAAGACUGGACAGACUAGUUGAACCACUGAAAGCUACGUGCACUACAAAGGUUAAAGCCGGCUCUGUCAAGCAAGAAUUCGAGAAGCAGGAAGAGCUGAGACGUUCCGCCAUGCGUGCCGUCGCUGCCUUGCUGUCCAUCAGCGAAGUAGAUAAAAGCCCCGUUAUGGCUGACUUUGCCAAUCAAAUCAGAAGCAAUACCGAAAUGGCAACCAUCUUUGAGAGCCUGCAAGGAGACCCCUUAACAGCGGCUGUGGAAUCUAUGGACACUACUUAGGGUUCCAUUA